AAAUUAUACUUUCUACAACCUUUUUUGCUAAUAUACCAAAUUUUACUUACACGUACGUACUGUUAGAAUCAUAUAUUAUAUGUUGAAUACUUUUUGUUUUUAUAAAGUAUUAAACAUGUUAGUAUAUAUUAUUCAAAAAAAAAAAAAUUAUAGAACAAGAUAAAACUUACUUUCUCUUAUAAUAAAAAAAUAUAUAUGAUAAAACUUAAUUUGACACGGGCCAAAUUGUCAACUAUUGAAUUUGAAUAAUUUUCUUUUUAAAUAAAGAUAUAUAAUUUGAAGGUGACCCUAACUCAUCACAAUGAAAUUUGAUUGAAUGUGAUUUAUACACGCAGAAAUUUGGGUGCAUCUAACAUUAUUUUUACACAUGUUUUGGAUUCUUUUGAACGCUUCUUUCGGAAUUAUUGGAUAAAAUAGUAAGAGAACUAGAUUUUCAGUUCAGGACUUCAGUUAAGGACUCCAAGGUUUUCAAUAUAGCAGACAAGGACUUUUUUAUUUGACUAUAAAUACUCACAUUCAAGACGUGUUUAACUACAGCCAUUUAUACCAUUUUCAGUGAUUCUAUUUCUUUGGUUUUUGAGUUAUAUACUUAUAUUGCGUCAAUUUUGGAGGCACAAUGACCAUCCUCAUUGAGCAACCACAGCUUGACUCACAAGUGGAGGACCAGAAGUUUUCUUCUGUGACGCCUAAAACCGUAUCAAACAAUGGAUUGGUAGCAGAAGAACUUGUUUCAAGCAAUGAAUUCAUGGCACCAGAAAUUAAUUCUUUUGGCCACUCAUUCAGAGAUUAUGAUGCAGAAAGUGAGAGGCAAAAGAGUGUGGAGGAAUUCUAUCGCUUGCAACAUAUUAACCAAACAUAUGAUUUCGUGAAGAGAAUGAGGGAGGAGUAUGGGAAAUUGAAUAGAGUAAAGAUGAGCAUAUGGGAAUGUUGUGAACUCCUCAAUGAGGUUGUGGAUGAAAGUGAUCCGGACUUGGAUGAACCUCAAAUCAUGCACUUGCUACAAUCAGCUGAAGCAAUCAGAAAAGAUUAUCCCGAUGAAGACUGGUUGCACUUGACUGCUCUUAUUCAUGAUCUUGGAAAAGUUCUCCUUCUUCCUAGCUUUGGAGGGCUUCCUCAAUGGGCUGUUGUUGGAGACACAUUUCCUCUUGGUUGCGCUUUUGAUGAAGGAAACGUGCACCACAAGUAUUUCAAGGAAAAUCCUGAUUACAACAACCCUGCUUACAAUACCAAGUAUGGAAUUUAUUCUGAAGGAUGCGGACUAGACAAUGUGAUGAUAUCAUGGGGGCACGAUGACUAUAUGUACUUGGUGGCUAAGGAAAAUAGGACAACUCUACCUCCGGCAGCAUUAUUCAUUAUCCGAUACCACUCAUUUUAUCCUUUCCAUACAGUGGGAACAUAUAAGCACCUAAUGAAUGAGGAGGACGCUAAGAAUUUAAAGUGGCUUAAAGUAUUCAACAAGUAUGACCUGUACAGUAAGUGCAAAGAGAAGAUCGACGUUGAAAAAGUCAAGCCAUACUAUCUAUCUCUCAUUGAUAAGUAUUUCCCAGCAAAGCUCAGAUGGUGAACAUUGGAGUUUUGUUACCACCGGAUCAAGGAAUAGCUACAUGGCGUGACUGAGUGAUGAUAUACUUGUGUAAAAUGAAAAUGUGAUGUGUUCCAUUCUCUGUUUCUAAUUGACGCUAAGUUAGCGUGCUGUUUAUGAAUUAUUUAUUAUAUUCCUUCA